AUGGGAGUUUUAUCAUUUCUGUUGGUUCCACCACCUUGUGCUGCUUCUGUAUCUGCUUCACCAAGGUGCAUCGAGGAUGCAAAUCUCAGCUAUGUUGAGUCUAACAAAGUCUCCACAUUAGCAGUGAAAAGAUUUUUAAGAAGGAGGGUUCUUCAGCUUUGGGGGAUUAAUCACAUGAUAUGGUAUGCUUCUCCUGCGUUCUCUGCACCAAUUAUGCCAGAGAUGAAGGAUCCUGAAGCCAUUCGGUUUGUCUGUCUUUCAUCUUCUUUUUUUAACCUAAUCUUAUUUUUGUGA